CACGCUUCCUGAUUGACAUAAAUACGCUCCGAUGGAUUCUAAUAUUCAGUUCUCACUGUUAUUUUUAGAUGAGUGUAUGUUGAUUUACUGUUUUUAAAGUGAUACAGGAGGCACAAACCAGAAGACAUCAUCAAGACAAUGCCUUAUUUUGGCUCGGAGGAGAUGGUAAAAGAGCUCAAGCGAGCUCUGUCCAAUCCAAAUGUUCAAGCAGACCGUCUCCGGUACAAAAACUACAUCACCAAAGUCAUCAGGUACAUGACACAGGGUCUGGAUGUCUCGGCUUUAUUUAUGGACAUGGUGAAAGCCAGUGCUACAGUCGAUAUUGCUCAGAAGAAGCUGGUUUAUCUGUACAUGUGCACCUAUGCCAGUGACAAGCCUGACCUGGCGCUGCUGGCCAUCAACACGCUCCGUAAGGACUGCGCUGAUCCCAAUCCCAUGGUGCGAGGGUUGGCCCUGAGGAACAUGUGCAACUUCAGGAUGCCGGGAAUGACAGAGUACAUAGAGCAGCCCAUUGUUGCUGGUCUGCGGGACAAGGCCAGUUACGUAAGGAGAGUCGCUGUGCUUGGUUGCGCCAAAAUGCACAGUCUGCAGCCCAACACAGACAUCGAUGGCACUAUAGUGAAUGAGCUAUAUGCUCUUCUGAGGGACCCGGACCCUGUGGUUGUAGUGAACUGUCUUCGUGCCUUGGAGGAAAUUCUCAAAGAUGAGGGUGGUGUGGUUAUUAACAAACCCAUUGCUCAUCAUCUUCUCAACAGAAUGAAGGACCUGGACAGUUGGGCUCAGAGUGAGGUCCUCACCUUCCUGCUACGUUACCGUCCUCGUAGCGACGACGAGUUGUUCGACAUCCUCAGCCUUCUAGACUCCUUCCUCCAAAGUGCUCACGCACAUGUCGCUGUUGCCACGCUCCGCCUCUUCCUUCAGUUAGCCUCCGCCCACCCGGCUGUGCAGGCCGACGCCCUCCUGUGCACAAGUGCGCCCCUGCUGGCCACCUGCGGUGCUGCGUCACGCGAGCUUCGCUUUGCUGGCCUCUGUCACGUACAGCAGGUCAUGCGGAGUCAGCCGGGCCUUUUCGGCACACAUUACAAGCGCUUCUUUUGUGGAUACUCUGAACCGACUUACAUUAAGUUUCGCAAGAUGGAGAUCCUGGUGGAGCUGGUGAAUGAUGAAAAUGUGGCUUUGGUUUUGGAGGAGCUGAGAAGCUACUGCACUGAUGUGUCUCCUGAACUGGCCCAGGCAGCCAUUGCCGCUAUAGGUCGUAUUGCACAAACAUACAGUGAAAAGUGUCUGGAUAUCCUGACCGGACUGCUGGCAUUGAAACAGGAUCACAUCACGUCAGCUGUGAUCCAGAUGUUCAGGGAUUUGGUGUGGUUCUGUCCUCAGAGCACAGCCGCUGUGUGUCAGACCGUGGAGGCCUGUGUUGACAGUCCUCAAGAUAGUGAGGGAAAGCAGGCUCUGUUAUGGCUUCUGGGAGAACAUGGUGAUCAGAUCAGUAGCGCCCCCUAUGUGAUGGAGGGCUACAUAGACGGGCUGAAGACUGAGCUGUCCUCGGCCGUGAAGAUGGAGCUGCUGACUGCCUCGGUCAAGAUGUUCCUGUGCCGCCCCGCUGAGACUCAAGACAUGCUGGGCCGUCUUUUACAUUACUGUAUUGAGGAAGAGAGCGACGUGUGUGUGCGUGACCGGGCUUUGCUGUGCUACAGACUUCUUCAGCGGGGAGUUGAAGAGACGAGGAAGGUUGUAACUGGACCCAAAUCCGAUCCGUCCAUGAGUGUUCUCACCGGACGGCAAGAAGAGCCCAUUAGUCAGUGGGCCUCUACCUUCAACACACUCGGCCCGCUGUCUGGAUGCGAUUUAUGCCCUCAGACUGCUGUUAUAUCAGCCGCUGACCAGCCAUCCAGCAGCGCAGAAAAGGAGCUGUUGCCAGAAAGUACAGAUGUAACCCUCUCCAGCCCAGAUGACACAGAAGAGGAGAUCAGUCUAUCUCUGGGUCCUCCUUUAUCCCAUGAGACUUUUGAGAAAAUGUGGCUGGACUUGGAGAUUCUCCAAAGGCAAACUAUGGGUUUCCCUCGACCCAGAACGGCUCUGGAUACGUUACAGGCUGCCUUACAGCUGGUGAAGAUCCAAACUCUGGCCUUCACCCCGGGAGCCACUGUGCCGUGGAAGGCCUACAUUUACACCAGGAGCACUGGGACCCUGAUCCUCGCCGAACUGCUGCAGGGGGACCAGCAUGCCCCUGGCAUUGAUGAAAGCCUAGUGGUAUCUGUCAAACAGCAGCCCGUAAACCAGCAUGCCAUCAGAGGAUUUGUUUCAAUACUCAAGGGUGUGCUGCAGACUCUUAAUGUUGAUAGUUCAUGAAAUACAAAAGUCUGAACUAUUGCUACUACUAUUGCUUUGAGGACAAUGUACAGUGUAUUACAGUAUCUAAGCUGGAGCAUUUUCAACACAAAUAACCGAAUGGUCUUUCUAAACACAAAACCCUGUUGGAAUCUACAGACAGUUAAAUCUGCUUUUAGCACUGUAUGACAUUAGCUUACUCACAUGCAAAUUUAGCACACCUAUGGUGCAGUAAACCAAAGCAUGUCUCUUUGCAGGUACGAGGAAGUUCAAGAUUGCUAUUUCAUGCAGGUUCCCCAACAGAUCUGUAUUGUAUACCUUGUAUGCUUUUCGCAGAUAAGUCAAACAAAUUAUACAUUUGUGGUAUUCUGAU